CCUCUUCACAGAUGGAGCAGCUUAAACUUUUGCGCAUCGUUACCCUGAUUCUAACAGAAGAGUCUUGUCUUGCUUUUAAAUCGACUCUCCGCGUGAGUUUCGUUUGUCGUGUGCGCAGUACUCUGCGCAGUAAACAAGCUAUUCCACUACGUGCGAAAGAUGUGUUGUUAAAUCGAACUGAUUAAAUCCCCGUUGAAUGUCUGUGUUUCUUUCUCUCGUCUCGUGAAAAAUUCAUUCACGUACAACCGCGUGCGAUUCCGCGAGGUAUUCGCAAUGCAUUAAGCGAAUGUAUCAGCGACGAAAUAGGUUAUGUCGAGGCUAGGAAAAAAACAGCAGUGGCGCUGCGGACAUAUCAUGACACGAGUAUAAUUAAAAUCAAUGUAACAGUGCAGUGUUUCAAGAAAGACUCUCCUCGGGUGUAUUUUUCAACGCGUCUGUUGGACAAGAAAUGUCGAACGGAUUGACAAUGUUGAACAAUGACAAAGGCACUAACGAAACAAGUACAACCAAUCCAAAAAAGCGCCAUAAGAAUCCACAGCCGAAAAAUGCAGUAUGUGCCCUGAACGAAUUAAAGACUGGUGCGGUAUACAAGGUUGUUGACCAAACUGGUCCUACACAUGCUCCAAUAUUUACAAUAGCAGUACAAAUAGAUGGACAAACUUACGAGGGCAAAGGGCGUACUAAGAAAAUGGCGAAACACGCUGCUGCUGAACUUGCCCUAAGAAACAUCAUUCAGUUUAGGAAUACGCCAGAAGUUCAUCAAGCAAUUAAUACAUGCCAACCGUCUAUUCCUCUUGAACCAGAUUUUACGAGCGAUGUUACAGAACGUGAUAAUCAUCUAGUCAAUGCUUUUAAAACAUUGACCCAAGAGCCAAAGAGCACAAAUAAAUUUUUAGAGAAAGGGCCUGUAGCUCUUAUUAAUGAAUUAUAUCCCGGUGUAGUGUACAAAUGCGUGUCUGACAAUGGAGAAAGUUAUGCGAAAUUCACGAUAUCGGUAACAAUUGAUGGAGAAACAUUCGAGGGAACUGGACCAAGUAAAAAAUUAGCGAAAGCUGCGGCUAGCAAAGCAGCGCUGGCCAAAUUAAGGAACGUUCACAGUUCCUCGUUCUGUAUACCGCUUCCGGUUCGCGUAUUGCCGAACUUUUCCAGUAGCGGGCAUUGGCAAGAUCAAAUGACGUUACCUCAAAUGUUAGCUGACAAAAUUGGAAAGAUGGUAAACCAAAAAUUUAGCGAAUUAAUUCAAUCGAAACCGCAACACGCUCGUCGCAAAGUUUUAGCGGGCAUUGUUCAAACUAAAGGUUCGGAUGCAGAGCUGAUUUGUGUAACAACUGGUACAAAAUGUGUUUCGGGAGAACAUCUUAGCGUCAGCGGUGGUGCUUUGAAUGAUUGCCAUGCCGAAGUCGUUGCAAGAAGAUGUUUGUGCGAAUAUUUGUAUAAACAAUUAGAGCUUCAUACAGAGGAUCAUGGAGCGGAAUCUAUUUUAGAACCGGCAAAAAAGGGUUUCAAGCUAAAGCAAGGGAUUCAAUUUCAUUUAUACAUAAAUACCGCCCCGUGCGGUGAUGCCAGAAUUUUUUCACCUCACGAGGAGAAUGAGUCUGUCGACAAACAUCCAAAUCGAAGAGCAAGAGGUCAAUUGCGAACUAAAAUAGAGUCUGGAGAAGGUACCAUUCCUGUAAAGAGCAGCGAAGGCAUUCAAACGUGGGAUGGUGUGCUCAUGGGCCAAAGACUGCUGACGAUGUCGUGUUCGGACAAAAUAGCUCGGUGGAACGUACUUGGUGUGCAAGGUGCACUUCUAAGCCACUUCAUCGAGCCAAUUUACUUCCACAGCAUCGUUCUUGGCAGUCUAUUGAACCCAAGCCAUAUGUACAGAGCGGUCUGCGGCCGUAUUGAAAAUACUAUUCAAGGACUGCCGCCGCCAUAUAGACUUAAUAAACCGCUAAUGAGUCUAAUCACAUCUUCCGAAGUUAGACAACCAGGGAAAGCACCUAAUUAUAGCGUUAAUUGGACAAUCGGUCAACCAGAAGCUGAGGUAAUAAACUGUACCACUGGCAAAGACGAAUUAGGCAAACCCUCUAGAAUAUCCAAACAAGGACUGUUCAGAAGAUUUUACAACUUACUAGGUAAACUUGAUACUAUAGACGACGCUGAUAAGAAUCAGUGUCGCCAUUAUUUAGACGCGAAAUCUUCGGUACAGAAUUAUUCGCUUGCCAAGCAUCAGUUGAAGGAAGCUUUCGUAAAGGCACAUCUUGGCAGUUGGGUUAAAAAACCGAUCGAGCAGGAUAUGUUUGAAGUUGAUAUCUGACUAAAUCAGGAUACAACACGCAACGAGCAACGUUCAGCCUAGAAAUGGAAAAACAACGAACGAGCGAACGAGAGGAGAGAGCACUCCCGUUAAUAAUACACACGCGAGAGAAACAGAGAGAGAGAGAGA